AUGGGCUCGGAAAUGGAUACCUUUGCGGCCCGCCUAGCCAGCUUUGACAUAGUGUUGAAGCCGGAGAAGCGCAGAUCUUCCGGCACAAAAACACCCAAAGCGAUUACAUGGCCGCACCAGCGACCUUCACCAGCUGAGUUGGCACACGCUGGAUUCUACUACAAACCAUACGAGACAAACCCCGACAACACAACAUGUUUCGAGUGCCACCGGGCGCUGGACGGCUGGGAGGAGGAUGACAACCCCAUCACAGAGCAUCUCAAGCAUGCGCCCGACUGUGGAUGGGCCAUCCUGAUGGACCUCCAGCAGAGCAGCUCCAACCCCGCCUCGAUUGAAGACCCUACGGGCGACCGGAUUACACAAGCGAGACUGUCAACAUUUGGUACGGCAUGGCCCCACGACGGGAAAAAGGGCUGGGUAUGCCAGUCAGAGAAGAUGGUUGAAGGCGGAUGGUAUUUCUGCCCUACAGACGAAAGCAAUGACUUAGCCAGCUGUGUUUAUUGCAAGUUGUCUUUGGAUGGCUGGGAGCCCAAGGACGACCCAUUUGACGAACACCAUCGCCGCUCCUCAGAUUGUUCAUUCUUUGUCUUCGCCCAGCCGCCAGGAAAAAGAUCCGUUGGCCCAGCUACAUCUGAAGCGCCCGAUAUAGAAAUGGAUGACUCGAUGGACCAGAGCAUCAUGUCCGAGACCACCACAAAAUCCAAAUCUACAAAGAAGGCCACCAAGAGCAAACCAAAGGGCACCAAGACCAAGAAGGAAGAAUCAGCGGAGGUGGAAAGCCAGGUUGAGGCUGACAUUGAAGAAGCCACUCAACCAGAGCCUGUCAAACCCAAACGCGCAGGCAGAGGAAAGAAGAGGGCCAGUGAGGAUAUCAAGGAUGAACCAAACCCAGUUGCCAUGGUGGAAAGAGAGCCAUCGCAGCCGCCAGAAGAACCCCCAGCGAAGAGACGCGCUACAAAAACACGCAGCAGCAGCAUUGCUCGCAACUACAAUUACGAACACAGUGACUCCGCAAUGGCAGAUGCAGAGCCAGUGGAUGAACCUGCUUCGGAAGAAGAAAGCAAUAAAGGCCGCAAGUCCACGAAAAAGAGAGCGUCCAAGGCUCGCAAGGUGUCCGAUGUGCCUGUUGCACCAAAAGUCCCAUCAAAGUCGCGAGCCCCUCGUGACUCGGAGAUCGACGCGGAAAUUGAAGCAGGUCUCGAAGCAGAUAUCCCCAACCAUGCCGAACUCGGGCCUGGGAUUGAGGCGGAGCCAGUAGAGCCACGGGCAUCGAAGAAGACCAAAUCGAGCAAAAAGUCCAAGGCUGCGGCUAAAUCCCCCGAACCGAUCGCCAGUGAUCACGAUGACUGUUUGGAUCCUCACAUGGAACCGCUUGAUGAUCAACCGGAGGCACCUGAACGGCCAGCCCCGAAGACCAAGCUGGCAAAAGGAUCUAAGAAAAAGGGGACAAAGAAAACUAAGACCGAAGAGACGAUAAAAGCACAGUCGCCAGAGCCUCGAGAAUCUUUAGGGCCAAGGGUUUCCGAUGCGCGGGAUGAUUCCGAGCGUCAUGACUCCUUCAUCUCCGUCGAGAUUGUCAGCAAGGAGCCAGAGCAUGCAUCAGAACCUGAAGAAUCAAUACCCAAGGCUGAAUCGAAGAAGACUACCAAGAAAAAGGAUGCUACAUCAGCCAAAGAGAAAAAGUCCAAGAAAUCUGGAAAAAAGGCGGCACAAGCUCCUGUUCUUGAACCCCCAGUCCAAGCACAUCCCGUCGAACCGUCGGUCGAGGAACAUGAUGAUGAAUUCGAGACUACAGAUGAUUUGCCUGACCAGCUUGAGAUGGUCAACCCUCCCCAGGAGCCUUCUCCCCCUCCACAAGAAAUGUCUCCAGAGCCACAAUCUGUUCGGAAGACACCAAGUCUACCGCCCAAGACCGCGAAACGGUAUAGCGAUAUCCCUCACGAAGAGCAUCUCGCAGAGACCUUAGUCCAAAGCCAGACCUCCCCUCAUGAAGUGCAUGAGCCUCGGAGGAAUUCAAAACGCUCCAGCCGGGCAGUUUCACCCCUUCUGCCAGCUCACCAAAACACUCCUUCGCUAUCACCCCAGUCAUCAGAUGCCGAAAACCAGCCUCCAUCGUCGCGGCCCUCAGCAUCCCGUCCACCUGUCCAAUCAACACCCAAGCAUCCAGAGUUCCGAGCCCCUCUGGCAGUUAGUACCCCAUCACCAUCCAAGCGCAAUGCCAAUGGUGGAUUCGGACCUUCCGGGCAUCCAUGGACACCGGUGGAUAUCGAUGAAGUGCUGUUUGGAGCGGCCAGCGACAAGGAAAACGCCGAUUUAUCUGGGCUUUUCAAAGGCGUGAAAGGUGGCUUGACUAGCCCAGAGAAGAAGAUGACGGUCCAAGAAUGGAUCGCGUGGAAUGCAAAGGAAGGGGAAGAACGACUGAAGAGAGAAUGCGAGCGACUUGUCGGCCAAUUCGAGAAGGAAGGUGGCCGAGCAAUGCAGCGACUCGAAGCUAUCGAGUGCAUCGACUAA